AGGAUGGAUGGAGUAUUAUGAAUUUAGCCGUCAUUAUCAAUUCUUAAUUUAUUCACAUCGGUCAUGAGCAUGACGUUUGGAGCGAAGAAAAAUUCAGCCUGUUUUAAUGUUUGCUUUGAGAGUUGAGAGAACUCCACAUUCAAGAAGAAGACAUCAAAGUUUCUCUUACAGUUUAUUUUUACUGCAGAAUCACUGACGUGAUCGAAUUCUGGUACAAACCCUAUUGGCUAUAUCUCUUGCUAAUGAUCAGCUUCAGAAAUUAUAGUGAUUCAUUGCUGACUUGAAAUGUACUUUAGACUGGCCGAGACCAUUUGGAGGGAAAUGGGUCAAUAUGUAAGUCAGUUAGAGAUAGAUUCUGACAAAUCAGAGCUCGAUGAUACUAGCAAUGCUGCAAGUCCUAGUUUUGAUGGUCAAACACGUGAUGAGUGCUUAGACAACGAGAUUUCCCAACUGACGAGAAUCAAGACGAAACCCAAUGAACACUUCAGUCGGAUUGUCCCUGGAAAGAGAAAGAAAUUUGUAUCGCCAGUGGGCAUGUUGGCUGGUCGAGAGGCUAAUUAUUCUGGAAGAGGGAGGUUUACAUCUGCUGACCGUUGUCAUGUGGCUAGCCGGUAUUUGCCUGUUAAAGGUCCAUGGCUUGUGGAUCAGAUGAGCAGUCGAGCAUAUGUGUCACAGUUUUCCACUGACGGGUCUCUUUUUGUUACUGGAUUUCAGGGAAGUCACAUUAGAAUAUACAAUGUUAACAAGGGAUGGAAAGUUCAAAAAAAUAUUGUGGCUAAAAGCCUACGUUGGACAAUUACUGACACAUCCCUUUCACCAGAUCAGCAGUACCUUGUAUAUUCCAGCAUGUCACCCCUUGUACAUAUUGUUGAUAUUGGAUCUGCUGCUACCGAGUCUCUUGCAAAUGUAACUGACAUUCAUGAUGGUUUGGAUUUCUCACAAUAUGGUGAAUCUUCAUAUCCUUUUGGUAUUUUCUGUAUAAAAUUCUCGACCGAUGGUAGAGAACUUGUGGCUGGAACUAGUGAUGAUGCAAUAUACGUUUAUGAUCUUGAGGCUAAUAAGCUUUCCCUCAGAAUAUCAGCUCAUACAUCAGAUGUGAACACUGUUUGUUUUGCGGAUGAAAGUGGCCAUCUCAUAAUUUCUGGAAGUGAUGACAAUCUCUGUAAGGUGUGGGACAGACGAUGCUUCAUUGCUAGAGGGAAGCCGGCUGGCGUAAUGCUAGGGCAUUUAGAAGGAAUAACAUAUAUUGACAGCCGAGGGGAUGGGCGUUAUUUCAUCUCAAAUGGCAAAGAUCAGUGCAUAAAGCUGUGGGAUGUUAGAAAGAUGUCCUCUAAUGUCACUUGUGAUCACAUAUCUAGGACUUAUGAGUGGGAUUACAGAUGGAUGGACUAUCCGCAGCAAGCAAAGAAUGUAAGACAUCCAAAUGAUCAAUCAGUAGCGACAUAUGAAGGACAUUCAGUAUUGCGUACGCUUAUUCGUUGCUAUUUUUCUCCAGAAUCUAGUGUUGGACAGAAGUACAUCUACACAGGUUCAAAUGAUGGCAGUGUGUAUAUAUACGAUUUGGUAACCGGAGUAGUAGUAGCAAAGCUCGACCAUCAUAUGUCUGCUGUGAGAGACUGCAGUUGGCACCCUAGUUACCCAAUGAUUGUUAGCUCAUCUUGGGACGGGAGUGUUGCAAAGUGGGAGUUUCCUGGAAGUGAUGAAAUGCCUGCAACUUCGAGGGGCGAAAGAGGAGAAUGGAGAGGUUACAUGUGAUUGAAAGUUCCAUCAGUGCUCAUCGUUCAUCUGAUUUAUAGUGCUAUACCCAUCUCUUGUUCAACAUAAAGUACACAAAUAUUCGUGAGUUAUAAAUUGUGUAAAGAAAGAUGCUUGAUUCCUUGAACGUAAGACACACCAAAUAAGAUGAUUAUGGUAUGAUUCCAGCUUCUUGUAGUAUAAUCCUCAUGAUUUCAUGUAUAUUGUAAAUGAGUAUUUAUUGCAAUAGUAUUAUCUUUUGUGAGUGGAGGUUUUCGGUGGCCAUCCUUUGAAGACAAUGGUCAUCGAAAACACUAGUUAUUCUUGAUUUA